CGCUUUCCACGAGCCUGCAGGAGCGCCGCGGCCGGCGGGCGGGGAUCCCCGGGGUGCAACCUGGCUCCCGCUGUGCCACCCCCGGCGGACCCGGCUGGCCUGCGUGGAGCCGCGGCGGCGGUCGCCGUUACUGUCGGAGGUGAGAGCGCAGCAGUCGCUUCAUCCUGUCUUGGGCUUGGUCCAGAGUCGCCCCUCUGGGGCCAAGUCCCGGGGAAGAGAAAGCGAGGGUGUUGCUGGCGUGGAGCGGGACCUCUAACCGCAGAUGCGCCCGCGAGAGUGUGAACGUGUGUGUGUGUGAGACCUGCCGUGACGACGAGGAGGAACAAGUGGGACGGCGAGGGAUGCUCAGGGCCAGCAGCACCGAAUGGGGCGAGCUUCCGUGUCGCCAGCAGUGACCCCAGUUCUUGAGGUCAAAUCUGGUUCCUGAAAAACAUCAAAGAAAGCUUGCACCAAACGCUCUUCAGGGCUGCUUCAGAAGCCUGGCAUCACCCACUGUGCAGUGCAGAAUGGCAGCCCCUACAGGUGUGCUCUCUUCAUUGCUGCUGCUGGUGACAAUUGCAGGUUGUGCCUGUAAGCAGUGCAGUGAGGGGAGGACAUAUUCCAGUGCAGUCAUUUCACCGAACCUGGAAACCACCAGAAUCAUGCGGUUGUCUCAUACCUCCCCUGUGGUAGACUGCACGGCUGCGUGCUGUGACCUGCCCAGCUGUGACCUGGCCUGGUGGUUGGAGGGCCGCUGCUACCUGGUGAGCUGCCCCCACAAAGAGAACUGUGAGCCCAAGAAGAUGGGUCCGAUCAGGUCUUACCUCACGUUUGUGCUCAGGCCGGUUCAGAGGCCUGCACAGCUGCUGGACUAUAGGGACAUGAUGCUGAACAGGGGCUCUCCCUCGGGGACCUGGGGGGACUCACCGGAGGAUAUCAGAAAGGACUUGCCCUUUCUAGGCAAAGAUCGGGGCCCAGAGGAGAUGUCUGAGUACUCAGCUGACUAUCGCGAGCUGGACAAGGACCUCUUGCAACCCAGUGGCAAGCAGGAGCCCAGAGGGGGUGCCGAGUACCCGGACUGGGGCCUGCUGCCGGGCAGUGAGGGGGGCUUCAACUCCUCUGCUGGAGAUGGCCCCGCGGUACCAGCGGAGAAACAGCAGGACUCUGAGCUCCAUCACCUGAAUGAGCCUGCUUCAACCCAUGCCCCAAAACUCCCUGAGAGAAGUGUGUUGCUUCCCUCGGCAACCACUCCAUCUUCAGGAGACGUGCUGGAGAAAGAAAAGGCUUCUCAGCUCCAGGGACAAUCCAGCAGCAGCUCUGGAAAAGAGGUUCUAAUGCCUUCCCAUAGUCCUCCUCCAGCAAGCCUGGAACUCAGCCCAGCCGCCAUGGAGAAAAGCCCAGUGCUCACAGUCACCGCGGGGAGUACAGAGCACAGCUUUCCAACACCUCCCACUAGCACAGCCCUCUCUGGGUCCACCCCACCUGAACGACCCAUAUCUCCUACCACUGCUCCCGGGACAGUGAAAGAACUGAUGGUAUCGGCUGGAGAUAACUUAGUAAUAACUUUUCCCGACGACGAAGUUGAGCUGAAGGCCUUUGUUGUGCCAGCGCCACCUGCAGAAACAACCUACAACUAUGAAUGGAGUUUAAUAAGCCAACCCAUAGACUACCAAGGUGAAAUACAACAAGGACACAUGCAGACUCUCAACCUCUCUCAGUUGUCCGUCGGACUUUAUGUCUUCAAAGUCGCUGUUUCUAGUGAAAAUGCCUUUGGAGAAGCAUUUGUCAAUGUCACUGUUAAGCCUGCCAGAAGAGUCAACUUGCCACCUGUAGCAGUUGUUUCUCCCCAAGUGCAGGAGCUCACUUUGCCUUUGACGUCAGCCCUCAUUGAUGGCAGCCAAAGUACAGAUGAUACUGAAAUAGUGAGUUACCACUGGGAAGAAAUUAGCGGGCCCCUUGUGGAAGAGAAGACUUCCGUUGACUCCCCCAUCUUACGCCUGUCUCACCUUGAUCCUGGUAACUACAGUUUCAGGUUGACAGUUACAGACUCGGAUGGAGCCACUAACGCCACAACCGCAGCCCUAAUUGUCAACAAUGCUGUGGACUUCCCACCAGUUGCUAAUGCAGGACCAAAUCAUACCAUCACUUUGCCCCAAAACUCCAUCACUUUGAAUGGAAAUCAGAGCAGUGACGACCACGAGAUUGUUUUCUAUGAGUGGUCGCUGGGUCCUGAGAGUGAGGGCAAGCAUGUGGCCAUGCAGGGAGUACAGACGCCAUACCUUCAUUUAUCUGCAAUGCAGGAAGGAUAUUAUACAUUUCAGCUGGUGGUGACAGAUUCUUCAGGGCAACAGUCGACUGCUGUGGUGACUGUGAUCGUCUUGCCUGAAAACAACAGACCUCCAGUGGCUGUGGCUGGCCCUGAUAAAGAGCUGAUCUUUCCAGUGCAAAGUGCCACCCUGGAUGGGAGCAGCAGCAGCGAUGACCACGGCAUUGUCUUCUACCACUGGGAGCACGUCAGAGGCCCCAGUGCAGUGGACAUGGAGAACACUGACAAGGCGGUAGCCACCGUGACUGGCCUCCAGGUGGGAACCUACCACUUCCGCCUGACAGUGAGAGACCGGCAGGGACUGAGUAGCACGUCCGCGCUCACCGUGGCCGUGAAGAAGGAAACUAAUAGUCCUCCCAGAGCCCGGGCUGGUGGAAGACAUACUCUUGUGCUUCCCAAUAACUCCAUUACUUUGGAUGGUUCAGAGUCUACUGAUGACCAAGGAAUUGUGUCCUAUCUGUGGAUCCGGGACGGCCAGAGUCCAGCAGCUGGAGAUGUCAUUGACGGCUCUGACCACAGCACGGCGCUGCAGCUUACGAAUCUGGUGGAGGGGGUGUACGCUUUCCACUUGCGAGUCACUGACAGUCAGGGGGCCUGGGACAUGGACACUGCCACUGUGGAAGUGCAGCCAGACCCUAGGAAGAGUGGCCUGGUGGAGCUGACCCUGCAGGUUGGUGCCGGGCAGCUGACCGAGCAGCGGAAGGACACGCUCGUGAGGCAGCUGGCUGUGCUGCUCAACGUGCUGGACUCGGACAUCAAGGUCCAGAAGAUUCGGGCCCACUCAGAUCUCAGCACCGUGCUUGUGUUUUACGUACAGAGCGGGCCACCUUUCAAGGUUCUCAAAGCUGCUGAAGUGGCCCAAACUCUGCACAUGCGGCUCUCAAAGGAGAAGGCUGACUUCUUGCUUUUCAAGGUCCUGAGGAUUGAUACAGCAGGUUGCCUUCUGAAGUGUUCUGGCCAUGGCCACUGCGACCCCCUCACAAAGCGCUGCAUUUGCUCUCAGUUAUGGAUGGAGAACUUUAUACAGCGUUAUAUCCGGGAUGGAGAGAGCAACUGUGAGUGGAGUAUAUUCUAUGUGACAGUGUUGGCUUUUACUCUUACUGUGCUAACGGGAGGCUUCACCUGGCUUUGCAUCUGCUGCUACAAGAGACAAAAAAGGACUAAAAUCAGGAAGAAAACAAAGUACACCAUCCUGGAUAACAUGGAUGAACAGGAAAGAAUGGAACUGAGGCCCAAAUAUGGUAUCAAGCACAGAAGCACAGAGCACAACUCCAGCCUGAUGGUGUCCGAGUCUGAGUUUGACAGUGACCAGGACACAAUCUUCAGCCGAGAAAAGAUGGGGGAGAGAGGGAAUCCAAAGGUUUCCAUGAACGGUUCCAUCAGAAGUGGAGCUUCCUCCAGUUAUUGCUCAAAGGACAGAUAAUGGAGCAGUCCGUUGGGAACCCUUGAAUCCAGCACCAGUCAGUGUGAGUUACGGCACAUAACCCACUCUUUUCGAAUAGUUCAUUUACAUCCUUUGACAAUGGGCUAGGUGUGUAUCUCCAUGUCUUAAAAGACCGGUUUUUGAGGCACAAAACAAAAGGUUGGUCUUUUAACUGGGCUGCUUGUUAACAGAAAUAAAGGCUGGGCAAAACUCUAA